UCGUGCUGUCAAUCCCGUUUUCGAUCCGUCUUUUUAUUUUUAAUGCGAAAGACGAAAAUGUGAACAACAUUUCGAACGUAGCAAAAAUGCUGAAUGACGAUGGUAAAAUCGACGAGGAUUUAUGGCAAAUUCUGUAUAACGUUUUCUUAAUCGAAGAUGAACCGAGCAUUGAAGAUUUCAUCUUGAUUUUGGGCACGGUGGUGGCGUUCAUCGCCUUCGUUCUCUGGUGCUGUUUUCCGGUGGUGCCCGAGUAUUACAACGGUCGGGACCCGGACGAGGAUGACGUCGACCCCCUCUUCAAGGAGUACCAGAAGAGGUUCGUCGAGAGGAAAAAGUCUGACAAAUAAUAAUCUCAUGUCUUUCCUAAUCCCUCAGUGUUUUAAAUGUUAAAUGUUAAAAUGAUAUAUUCUAAAGAAGGCGCAAAGUUUGGUUUUCUUGAAACUAUUCUAUGGCAAUCAUGAAGGAACGUUUUUAUUUUAGUAGAAAAUCUCCAGGACCAAAACAUUGUAGCUUUCAAAUCUAGCCAACUAUUAUGUAUAUAUCAAAUACAAUAUUUUGUGUACAAUUUGUAGCCUCUCAGAUGCUGUUUUUGCAGUUGAAAUAUCCACUUUCCUAUACAUGUAUUGGCUUUGUUUGUUUAUCUCUUGAAUGUUUAGAAAAUUUUAAAAAUAUAAAUUAUAUUUAUUUUUAAAUAAGACAACAUGAAAAAAUGGAACAUAGUCAAAAACAGUACCUAGCUUUUAAAGACUGAUUUAUGUUUACUGAAAAUUAUAGUUAUAUGAAUCUGAAUAGAAUUGACAACGAAUUGCCAGAAAAAUAUAGGAUUCAUAUAACAAUAAUUUUAUUUUCAAUAUAAAAGAUCUCAUAUAUAAUUAUUAGCCUUUAUUUUAUUAUUUACCAAAAAUUUAAUAAUAUUUGAUCUCUAUUUGUGUAAAAAGACAAAUUCCAAAUGGUAAUGUGCUCUUGGUGUAAAUAGAUUGUAUAUUACCCUGAAAUUUGUUUUAUUUUAUUAU